AAGUGCGGGUAGUCAUUCUUUCCCCCCAUUGGCUGACUUGCUUGGGAGGAGGAGCUAACGAGCAAACAGGGCCUGGAAACACAGAAGCUAGAAAGAAACCGGGAGAGACACGCCUGUGGCGUAUUUCCGGCGCGCUAAGCGAGGAAGAUGGCUGCGUCCCAGCAGCAGGCUGCUGCGGCUUCGUCCGCUGCAGGUGUGUCGGGUCCGGGUUCGUCUGGUGGCCCGGGUCCCCAGCAGCAGCCGCAACCACCAGCACAGCUAGUGGGGCCUGCCCAGAGCGGGCUUUUGCAGCAACAGCAACAGGAUUUCGAUCCAGUGCAGCGUUAUAAGAUGCUCAUCCCACAGUUGAAGGAGAGCCUGCAGACCUUGAUGAAAGUCGCAGCCCAGAACUUGAUUCAGAACACUAACAUUGACAACGGACAAAAGAGCAGUGACGGACCUAUACAGCGCUUUGACAAGUGUCUGGAGGAGUUCUACGCACUCUGUGACCAGCUGGAGCUCUGCCUGCGCCUGGCACAUGAGUGCCUGUCCCAGAGUUGCGACAGCGCCAAGCACUCUCCAACGCUGGUGCCCACAGCCACCAAACCGGACGCUGUGCAGCCUGACAGCCUGCCCUACCCGCAGUACCUGGCAGUCAUCAAAGCCCAGAUUGCCUGUGCCAAGGACAUUCACACCGCUCUGCUGGACUGUGCCAACAAGGUCACGGGCAAGACACCUGCACCACCUACAGGCCCUGGGGGCACCCUGUGAGCUGGCAGGGCUGGGAGUGGGGCAGGCCGUAGGGGAAGGGGACCGGGAGGGAAUGAAGAGUGACUUCAAAGCCGCCUUGUCUUUGACUUUUCUUCCCGCCGGAGCACUGUGGCCACAGCCAGCAGGGGGCAGCAGAGGCUAGCAGGGAGCUUGCAGGGCGGGGCCUUGCUCGCCCAGGGGCCUGCUGUCCUCCCUAGCCCAGGAUGCACUUUGGACUGCUUGUUGAUGACCUCUUCCAGGGGCUCUCCCCAGCCUGGCCUGGGCGAGGAUCCCUGACCUCUCCCUCUCCUUCAAUCCUUCCUGCUUCUGUCCCAGUUUGGGGGUGGUCUCUCUGAUUUUGUUCCCUUUUCUAGCUGUCCUGUAUGUUUCUAAGGCAUGUGUCUGUUUCUCUCUCUCUCUCUCUCUCUCUCUCUCUCUCUCUCUCUCUCUCUCUCUUAUUUUUUCACUUUCUCUCUCUCUCUCUUUUGGCCAUUUUCUCUCUCUCUCUCUCUCUGUCUCUCUGCCCUUCUGUGUUCCUGUCUCCCUGUCUCUCUGUCUCUGACCAUCUCUAUCCUAGCCCCCUUUUGCUGUCUUCUGCCCCCAAUUCCUAACUGGAACUCUGUCUAUUAUGAAGGAGGCCAGAUUCUGGGAGCCCUAGGUUAACUGGGGCUAGGGGAAGCAGUUUCAUUUCCAGGGGCCACAACCAAGUCCAGGGAUCCCCAACACUUCCAAUGUCAACCCAGCCCCCAGGGUCCUCAGCCAAGGAAAGGGGAAGUGAAAGGGUUCUAGGCCCUGACCUCAGCAUGCCUGGUCUGGGAGCAACUCACUCCCCCACCCGAACCUGGAGCCUGCGUCAGCAGCACUCAAACUAGGGGCGUUGUGCAAUCCGUGGUGAAGCCUGGUCCAGCUGGAUGCCUGGGUCCCUGUAUUUUUAGCCCCAAAGGAGAAGUGAAAAGGGCCCAGUAGGGGUGAAUCAUCAGUCCUGGGGAAGAACCCAGGCGCCUGGGCCCCAGCUCCGGGAAACAGGCCUUGGGGAGGGGGCUUCAGGGAGGGAGGAGCCCACCAGGCUCUCCACUUCCCCAAGAACGAGAGCUUCCAGAGCUCAGCCAUGGCUUUCAGGCCUGGGCAAGCCCAAGCUCAGCUGUUGGGGUGUGAAAGGCUCAAGUGAGUCAGCCGGGUUGUGGGACUGCCCCACCCAACACCUUUUGUGCCCUGGUUCUUGUGUCACUGCCCAGAUGUGUCCUAGACCCCACAUCUGUAAGGAAACCCUGGGACUGUGAAGACCUGUGAUUCACCCAGAGCCCAAGUCCCCACACUAGAGUCCUGGGAAAUGGCCAGCCCUGUGUGUGUGUGUGUGAACACAUCCUAGAAAGUUCCUUUCUUGAAGUGCCUGGCAUGUCGGGCUGACCCUCAGGAAGGGCAGUGGAGGUCUCGGGCACUAGUUGAUGAUGCUAUCUACAGGAAUAAAUCUAACACAAAUGCAA